AUGAAGUUCUCAACAAUCCUUGCAUUGACGUUGUCUGGCAUGGCUGCUGCUGCCGAGUUCGGCGAUAGCAGUUCUUGCAUGCUAGAUGUCGCUUCGGAUUGCGGUGAUUGCAAAUCGUGCCGAAACGAAAAUGGCGAGGAUAUGAAAACCUGCCACAGAAUGUUCAACGACUGUGUGAGAGGCUUGGCAGAUUAUCAUGGCGUCAGCUUGGACCACUGUGUCCUCGGUGGUAACCUGUGCCAUCCAGAGUAA